UGCUCCGACCUCUGCCGCCCCUGCGGACCCACCCCGCUGGCUAACAGCUGCAACGAGCCCUGUGUCAGGCAGUGCGAGGACUCCCGCGUCGUCAUCCAGCCUUCCACCGUGGUGGUCACCCUGCCAGGACCCAUCCUCAGCUCCUUCCCCCAGAGCACCGCCGUCGGAUCCUCCUCAUCGGCUGCCGUGGGCAACGUCCUCAGCUCCCAGGGAGUGCCCGUCUCCUCCGGAGGCUUCGGCUUCGGCUACGGCUACGGCUUGGGCGGCCUGGGCUGCUUCGGCGCCGGGAGAGGCUGCUACCCCUGCUAAGGGCCCUUGACACACGAGCUCAACAUCAACGGCUCCUCCUCUCUAUGCAUUAAAUAAGGAAGCAAGGAUGGGGUAGCUGCGCUUUCCUGGAAACAUGACCCAUGUACCUCCUCCUGUUC